AUGAAAGUUAUCGGCAUUUGCAUGAAAGAACAGAAGUUCCAAGCCCUUGGAUUAGAAAAACUAGUUGGUGAAAGGAGGUUUGCACUUUUUAAAAUUCUGACUUCCCUUGAGAACAACUGACCUGAAAUACAUUAAGGUGAUUUUUUGUUGACGGAUAAACCGUCAGUAUAGUUACCUUACCUGAAAACCUAUAAUGUGCCAAGCAGCGUUGAUCUUGUUGUCCACAAGUCUACUGAUCUUCUUUCGGACUCGCAAGCCUGUUUACCUUUAGACGGCGAUGUAUGUCCGAUUGACACUAAACGGUACAUCUAACUUGUUUCCUCUUUAGAUGUCUUGUAAACCCGUAUUUGUUGACCAAUUUAAACACAUCAUUCCCAUCCUUAAUCGUUUCCAGCAAUACGAGCUUCUUUCCAGCUGUCUACUUAGAGAAAAAAUGGGUAAGUUUUUCGGAGAAUUCAAAAUUUACUGUGUACAUGUUUACAUACAGGGGCUAGGGGUUAUAUCCGGUUCAGAAGGUCGCGUCCACAAGUUCGAUCUGCAAAAAUCGUUAUGGGAAAACGAGCCAGUCAGAUUUCCUGCAUAAUUAGUGUGGCCUUUCAGAUGCCAUUUUUCAUGAAAAAGUCGUUUGUAUGCUCUUGACAAAGCAAUGCACUGCUGCAUUUAUUCCAAAAGGCUAAAAAUUGACGACAAUAGGGGCCGUAAUUGCGCCUUGCUUUCAGCCCUCUGACAUUGCACCUCCCCUGACUGAUCACCGACUCGUCGAUUUUAACCACGUUACCCCAGCCGCUCAGCGGACAGCCACCCCCGCCGCAUGUCUUUCGUUCAACCCCCCCCCUCCGACAAGAGGCACGUCAGUGGACGUUACCCUUCUAGUGGUAGGCCAACCCUGGGUAAACAGAGACAGAAAGAUGUAUUACCAAUUGCACAUAGAUAUGAGAGCUAUUGCUUGUGGCUAAUUGCGACUCCGCAAUGAAAGGUCUAUUUCCCCUUCCCUCUGCAUAGCUCACACUGUAGGCAGUAACUGUCCUUCCUGAUGGCGUAUUCAGCAAAUAUCCAUAUCUGAUGGCACGCGCGCACCGCCUACACUCCAACUUCCCCUUCGGACCAGGUGUACAAAUAGCCGCGGUCCCUUUCCACAGGCUUUUGAGUUCUUGUUCGUAGAGCCAUUUUUCUUCCUUGCAGGCGGCACUGCUUUUGUCCCUUCAUUCUGCCUCUUCGGCGAGGAUUUGUGUGAGAAUCACAGGGCUUUUAAACUGCCCGCCAUGAAGUUUCCCGUGCGUAAGUGCCUAAUUUUCUCCGAAUUUACGCCUUGUGCGUUAUGCAUGACAUUCAAAAAUGACAUCCCGAUCAUAAUUCUGCCUCUCCAUUCAUUUUAUUAGUUAUAUGCUUUUGCACUAAUACGACUUUUAUCCUCCCUGAUCUAGCCGGCCUAAAGAAUUUUUCGGUCAGUGCUUCCCUUUACAUGCAGCGAUCUAUAGCAGAAGGUCUGGAAAAGCCGACAACGUUUCUUCUGCGAUAAAAAUCGAGUGCCAUAGGUCGAGUAUAGGUGUAUUAAAUAUAUUAAUAUAUUAAUUAUAUUUGCCGGGUGUGAUCAGGAGUUUACAAUGGUGGAAUGGCGCUCGCCGAUCACGCUAUGACAGGACAACGGGCCCGUGACUCAGUGGUUAGAGGGGUUGAACUUCUUACCAACAGGCCCUGGGCUCGAGCCCCAAGUAUUCUACAAUUCGGGGUUGGGUAUGACAGCUGACGACGGUCAAUGAGUCAGAAAUGGCCAUUCUAGUCUUCCUUAUAUCUGUCGGUAAUACAAUUCGACCAAUAUUUCCUGUCCAGCUGGUUUCCGAAACAUGGACGGAAAUUGGAGCAUUCGGGUUCUGACAGCCAAAAUGGGAUAGGUCUAGGUCCAUAAAGUUGUUGUUAGUUAACAUCGUCACAGUGUGGUAGAGAUCAGCAGAAAUCGUGGUCAACCGUGGACGAAGGCGUCUGGGAAUGACCGGGCUCAUUACAGACUCAGUUAUGCUUUUUCGCCUAUGUUACUGUUCUGGCAGGCGUGUUAUGCUGACACAAGAUAACCUGCACUCUUUGAUCGACGGAAUACCACCUGUGCAGUCUCCACCUGCUCUCUCACCCUCAAUCAUCGACUAACGCAAUAAGAAUUUCUGGUACUGGAUGCUUUAUAAAUUGUUUGAAAAAAUUCCCCACCGCCGCCCAAUGAUAGUCGCCGAUGCUUAGAUUGGCAGGAUCUGUCCAGUCAAGUCUGCAAACAGUCAUGUACAGUAAUAAUAAUAACA